GGCGCACGCUUCUCUCCCCGGCUAUUUUUGUCCAUUUUCUCCCUCCUUCCCACCCCUCCCCGCCGUGUUUUCUCUGGCUGCCGUGCGCUAACCUCGAGUGAAGAGGCUGGUACGGGCAAUGCUACAUCUGAUGCUAAUGGGCCUACCUGGAAGAGAAAAUACAUUCAGGAGAGACUCUACUUCAUUGCCUCAUCCUAUGGAGGAAUCACCACUGCCCAUCUACAUUGAGGAGGGGACAGAAGUCCCGAUUGCCAAAAAGGAUUUGAUUGCUCUUGACAUCAGGCAGAUCUGGACCCAGAAGACCACAGAAAGCAGAAAUAUGGCAACAAAGGAAAAGCUUCAGUGCUUGAAAGAUUUCCACAAGGACAUCCUCAAACCUUCCCCCGGCAAGAGCCCGGGGACACGGCCUGAGGAUGAGGCAGAAGGGAAGCCGCCCCAGCGGGAGAAGUGGGCGAGCAAGAUUGACUUUCUGCUGUCCGUGGCAGGUGGAUUUAUUGGUUUAGGCAAUGUCUGGCGGUUUCCGUAUCUCUGCUACAAAAAUGGCGGAGGUGCAUUUCUUAUACCUUAUUUCAUUUUCCUGUUUGGGGGAGGUCUUCCUGUGUUUUUCCUGGAGGUGGUGCUAGGACAGUAUACCUCUGAAGGUGGAAUUACAUGCUGGGAAAAGAUCUGCCCUAUUUUCACUGGAAUUGGUUAUGCUUCCAUAGUGAUUGUGUCCCUUCUGAACGUGUACUACAUUGUGAUCCUGGCCUGGGGACUCUACUACCUGUUCCAGUCGUUCCAGAGCGUCCUGCCGUGGGCCCACUGCCACCAGAAGUGGAACACGCCGACCUGCGUGGAAGACACUCUCAGGAAGAACAAAACACUUUGGAUAUCACUGAAUGCCACUAACUUCACCUCUCCUGUCACAGAGUUCUGGGAGCGCAAUGUACUGAGCUUGUCCUCGGGAAUUGAAGAUAUUGGUAUUAUCAAGUGGGAUCUAGCACUGUGUCUCCUCCUCGUCUGGGUGAUAUGUUUCUUCUGCAUUUGGAAAGGAGUCAAAUCCACUGGGAAAGUAGUGUACAUCACUGCCACGUUCCCAUUCAUCAUGCUCCUUGUUCUACUCAUCCGUGGCGUGACCCUGCCUGGAGCUGCAGAAGGCAUCAAGUUUUAUCUUUACCCUGAUAUCUCACGGUUAGCUGACCCACAGGUCUGGAUAGAUGCAGGGACACAAAUCUUCUUCUCAUAUGCAAUCUGCUUAGGAGCAAUGACUUCCCUGGGGAGCUACAACAAGUACAAAUACAACUGCUAUAGGGACUGUUUGCUGCUGGGAUGCCUGAACAGUGGUACCAGUUUUGUGUCUGGCUUCGCAAUUUUUUCCGUCCUGGGCUUCAUGGCACAAGAGCAAGGGGUGAACAUUGCUGAUGUGGCAGAGUCAGGUCCAGGCCUGGCCUUCAUUGCCUAUCCAAAAGCUGUGUCCAUGAUGCCACUGCCCACCUUUUGGGCAAUCCUUUUUUUUAUUAUGCUUCUGUUGCUUGGACUGGAUAGCCAGUUUGUUGAAGUUGAAGGACAGAUCACGUCAUUAGUUGAUCUGCACCCAUCCUUCCUAAGGAAGGGUUACCGACGGGAAAUCUUCAUCGCUAUAGUGUGUUUCCUUAGCUAUCUUCUGGGACUAACUAUGGUGACUGAGGGUGGCAUGUAUGUUUUUCAACUCUUUGACUACUAUGCAGCUAGUGGUGUAUGCCUUUUGUGGGUUGCAUUCUUUGAAUGUAUUGCUGUAGCCUGGGUUUAUGGCGCUGAUAAUAUUUAUGAUGCCAUUGAGGAUAUGAUUGGAUACAGACCUGGUCCCUGGAUGAAAUGGAGCUGGAUUGUGAUCACACCAGUUCUUUGCGUGGGGUGCUUUAUCUUUUCUUUGGCCAAGUACAAACCACUGACCUACAACAAGGUCUACACAUACCCAGACUGGGCAAUUGGCCUGGGCUGGGUUCUUGCCCUUUCCUCCAUGAUCUGCAUCCCUAUGGUGAUGGUCAUCCGCAUCAUUCAGUCAGAUGGGUCGCUCAUUGAGAGGAUAAAGGCAGUGGCUGCCCCCAAGGAAGUGAAUCGAUGGUCCAAAGAAACGGAGAGUGGCACCCCCUUCUGCCCCAAUGGAACUUCGAAUGGCGGAUUGAUCAAGCCAACUCAUAUCAUUGUGGAAACCAUGAUGUGAGCUCUCUCUGUGAGAGGAUAAACCUGCUUUAACUGCCGUUUACUAACCAUAGAUUCUCAUAGGACCAGGUUUACAGAGCUUUAUAUUUGCACUAGGAUUUAUUUUUAUUUCUCACAGAGAAAGUUAUUUUUUGUGUGUGUGUUUUUUUUUUUUUUUAAUAUUUUGUAAGGUAAUCACAGCAGACGUCUCUCUGUAGAGGGAGAGCUUUCAUAUCAGACUAGACAUAUUACAGGAAUUUACUAUUAUUGGGUUUUUUUAAAUAUAUAUAUCUUUAUCUCUAAAUAUUAUACACCUUACCACUUGAAUUGAUUGUCUUACCAGCAAUACAUUCAAGUCUCAGAAAGCAAUUUUAGGUGCUGGUAUGGUUGGGAGCAGGGUAACCUACAGAACACACAAAAGGAGCUCUGUUGAGAGAUACAAUUUGUAAAAAAAUGCUGUUUCAAGAGAAUUUUCAAAGGUGUAGUAUUUCCACCCUCUGGUUCAAUUGUGGUAAAUGACAGGCGUCAGGGUCACUUUAGGGAGCGGGUUUUGUUUAGCGCAGUCCCUGAAUAAGGAUAUGGCCAAACAGCUGGAGCAGAGAGUUUGCAAGAGAAGCUGUGUGUGAAAAGCCUUGUGGCCAUCCCUCCCCAGGACAGCAUUGGGAGCCUGUCACGCUGAUGGAGGAGGACUUGAGGAAGGCAUUUGCAGGAUUUGGCAUGGUUUUCAGGGGUUUUUUUAAUUAUUUUUUAGAAUUUUUUUUUUUUUUUUUUUUACCUGAGUGAAAUACCUGCUGUUUGUGCAUGGGCAGGGAGGUUGAGUACCUGCUCCUGAGUUUUCCAGAAAAGCAUAUUUUGAUGCAGUGACACUGGUGUAAACUUGAAUUCUGCAAACUGGGAUGGCAGCCUGCCCCCGUGGCAGUGGGAUGAGCACUAAGGAGCCGAGAGAGGAAAAGCAGCACCUGCCCUCUGGGUGCUUCAGAUAUUCACUUCCUCAUUUGGAUUUUGGUUUGGGGCAGAAAAAUAAAAGAAUAAUUUCUGGACUCUGACCAUUCAGGAGUGAACACAAACCAGGUCAUCUAUGACAGGAGAAACAAAACCACUCACCUGGUGAACCGGUAUUGAUACCAGACACAUUAUACAUAAUAUACACAAUAAUAAUAGUAAUGAUGAUAAUAAUAUCACACAGCAAACAGGUGCUUUUCAUCCAUGUAUCUCAAAAAUGCUUUUCCAAGUUUGGUAACCAGGAUUUGCUUUACCUUUUUAUUUUUGGGGGGACAGGGGGGUGUCAGUCAUUGCUGUUGGAGGAACAGACAAGAGGACUCUGUCCCUUGUCCCAUCUUACUUUAUAGCAGUAGUGGACCUAGAGCCCCUGGUCUCCUUGCUCAUCAUUGGGUUAAACCGUGGUUUGAUUUGAUUUGAUUUGAUUUUUAGGGGGGAAGGAGGAUGGAAGACGUAUUUAUGAAUCUUCUAUGCUGAAGAAACAGGGCUUUUUGGAAUUUAAAUUAAAGGGAACAUGUAACAUUGAAAUAUUUUGUAUUGAUCAGUAGGAAUUGGGUACCAUUCCAGGUGAGACUGGGGAGUGAAGAGAAACCACUACAAAGAGUGUAGGAAUGGGGGGUCCACUUCGUGUGGUCCAGGUGAAUGUUUCCAUGGGGAAUUGGAUCCCUGAAGACUGUCCAAAACAUGGACAAAAGCCUUUUUCUUUUUUUUUUAAACUUGAGCAGGUUGUGCUGGGAACAAGUUCUCUGGCAAAACUUGGCCUUUUCUAGUGGGCAUUGUAUUAGAGGAAGAGAGUUUUUGUUAUGUACCACAGUUAGGCUAUCCAAAGGUAUUUAGAAGAAAUGCUUGAUAAAAGCAGAGUUUGUAUCUGCUUAUUCUGCUGUCAGCAUAGUCUGUCAGGGCAGAGUUUGUCAUUUAUCUAUACAGGAACAUAACCAGUUCUUAACAUUCCUGCACAGUAGUUUUAUUUUAUUUUUUCUUGUCCCAUGGGCUAACUGGCCACAGCAGCACAAAUGCUUAUUAACUUGUUGGUUUUCCUGUAACAGAAAAGGGGUGAUUUAAAACUAAGAGAUGGACCAAAACAAUUAUUAAAGAAAGAAAAAAGUGGCUGCAUCUGUAACUUUCAAAAUCUUUCUAGUUGGAAUUUGUAGAUAUUUUUACAUGAGAUAGCUGAGUUGCAGCAACAAAACCAGCCACCGUAGAGUUACUUUUGUUUUAUUUUUCUGGUUGCUGUAUUAUAAGAGCUCUAAAUGAAACUUUUCCACAACUGGAGAUGGCAAACAUCUAAUGACACUUCCUGAGCAAGUGGCAACAGCCAUUGAAGGUCACAGGAGGAAUUCUCAGAGCCACAGGGUAUCAUCAAAUGUGCCCAAAAUAAAGAAAAAUGCAUACAGCUUUUUUUUUUUUAAUAGCCUUUAACAAUCAAAGGCAAGGAAGUGUAAUCAAAGAUAACUCUCUUAGUGAGCUUCAGCUUGGACUCUCAUUUUUGAGUUACAAUUAGUGUCUGCAGCAAACAGGCACAGGUGAAGAGGGAGUAGCAGGUUAGGGGGAUCUAAAUUAAUGGUUUUUGUGAGCACAGAUGAAACACUGAUGUUUAUUUCUUUAUAUAUAUAUAUAUAUAUAUACAUUGUCAUGCAACUGUGUUUGAGAUUAUAUAGUUUUGCACAUCACUUUUGUGCUGUAGAGGUGAGACAAGCUUUAGUUAGGGGGGAAAAUGGUUUGGCUACAUCAAAGAUAUCUCCAGCAAGUCAGCUGGGUAUUUCAACAUCUCCCAUGUUGGGAAGAGUGUGUUUGUGUGAAGAACCUGAGGGCUAAUACUACACCUUUAAAUAUACAACUACUAGAGAACUAGAACCCAGCCCCAUUUCGAUACAAACUGUGCCAUUCAAAUCAGUCGCUUCCAUGUUCCAAGUGAAAAUGUCUCGCACAUAUGCAACAACCUCAUUGAAGUGUUCUCUGUGCCAGCUUCUCUGGCCCUGCUGUGCUCCUUAGCACAACUGCAAGGGAGGUCUGGGACUCACCAAGAGCCAAGAAAUUAUUGUUUCUGGAAAACAGUUUUUCUUUCCUCUCUCUCUUCCCUGAAAAAAAAAAUGUAUACUUAAUUCCUCUUGUUUUAUCUGAGGUUUGAGUUCCAGUGAGAACAUUUGCAUUUUUAUAGUUUGGGGGGGUUUCCUAACAAUUUUAUCAGGUUUCUAAACUUUUCUUGGUGGUAAAUUUGCAUUUCAACAUGAUCCUCUGCCAAAUUUAUUAAAAAAUAAUUUUUUAAAAAAGUUUGUGUUUUCUACCUAUUUUGACUGCAAAGACAACUGAUUUUUUUCAUAUAUUUACUUGUUUAAACUCCUGUGACCUAUUUUACCUGUUUUGUGUAAAUGAGGAACUCUAUAUUAUAAAGUAUCAUGACUAGUCACAGAUGAACUGGUUUGGAUCCAGGGAAAACUUAGUGUAGUUUUGGCGUGAGAUCUUUAGAACCAGCUCCCUGAGAUUAAAGCCAGAAUAAACCAAGACAAAACGCACACCUUUUCAUAUUUCAUGUACCUUUGUAUUCAUGGGUUCUUCUGGGCUUGAAAACGGCAGAAUUUCAGCAGUAUUUAUUUCGAGCUGAACUGUAAUCAAGAAAUAGUAGAAAUGUAAAGGGGAACAUUUUCCCCAUGAGAUUUUCCGAUCUGUUUCUUAUUUUUUCCAAUUUUCCAGACCUUUUCAGUUCACCUGUCACUAGUGAUGAUCUCACUGAAUGAGCAUCUAUUGUAAGGGACUUUACCAGUAGUCUGUAUCUCAGUAUUUAAACAGUAUGAUUUCAUAAAUAGAACUGGUUUUUAUUGUUGUUGUUGUUGUUAUUAUUCUAAUUUUCCUUCUCAUCCAUAGCUUUCCUUUUCAUCUGGUCCAAACAGAUCCGCACACUUAGAAAAGUCCUCUUUUAAAGUUUGAGACAGUAGGUCCACAAUGGUUUUUUUUCCUGUGUUGUAAAUUAAAAUACAAAAGUCUGUCAGCUGUAUUUGCCAUCUAGAACAGCGCUGGUGGUCACCCUACAGCAGCAGCACAGCUCCUGGAAUUAAGGGCUGGAGGGGAGUUAGGAAUAGUCUGCUGGAACAGCUCAGCAAAACUGAUUUUCGCUGCUAUUCUUGGGGAGAGGAGGAAAUGAGGAAAAUAAAAAAAAGUGCAGCCUUACAGUUGUUGUAACACCAAAAAAAAACCCAAAAAAACCAACCCAGCAACCAUCAGCAGAGCCUUUAAUGUCACCGUCAGGACCGCACCUUCUGCAGCUGUUUUCAGUCCUGUGUGCAUCCUCCUCUCUCAACUGCAGAUGCUCCUGGUUCCUCUUCUUUGUCUCAGCGUUAGAUAAAUCAAGUACAUCUGAAGACACAUGGACAUCUCCAUUCAAUAGAUCUUUUCCAAGUCUCCUCCUGGUCUGUUUUUAUUUGCUAAGGAGACUUACAGUUUCGUUGAGGUUGUGCUUGCCACACUUGGGUUCAAAGCUCCCACUUGUUGCAUCAAUGGCAAACUUCCAUCCAUGGGAGAAGGAUUUGAACAUUUUUGAAUAACUGAUUAUUAGCUUCCACGUCUUGUGGUCACUGCAAGAUCACUCGUGGGGGCAUAAUGUAUAUAAAAUGUUAAAUAAGCUGUGCAUUGAAUGGAGUGGAAAAGUUAGUUAAGCAGCUCAAGUACACUUGGAAGAAAGAUGACCCUGACAUCAUUUCCAAGGAGGUUCAAUGGAAGUUGCUCACUUUCAGUAAAAAGAAUAAAAAUAAAUCUGUGUUUAAGUAGUCUAGUAGAUGAAAUCUUCCACCCUCAUAUGCACGCACACAGUGGGGACAUUGCUUCUAUUCCUAGGCUGCAAAUCAUGUGUGUAAGUCUUGCCAAGCUGUUCAGGAUGAGGAUUGAGGAGGUUUAGGCACCACUUGCUUGUAAAGAGCCAACCUACCAGCAUGUCCAAAUGGUCUCUCCUAAAUGAAGGUGGUGGAAGAAGGAAAGUAAUGACAAAAUCCUGGACCAUGGCCCCUCCAAGGAAGCCUUAAGGUUGGACUUGAAAGCUCUCCUGGCUCCUUGUAGGCAUUACAUGGCUCCUGGCAUAGGAGGUUGGGUGUGGUGUGGGUUCAAGCAGCUGCCUUGGACUUGUUUUCUCCAAAAUCAGCAUCCAAAGCCUUGUGGUUAGGAUUGACAUGUAGUUGUGUAUUUGUAUAUUUGCAUGAGCAAAGGUCAGGAACUGUCAGACCCUGGUAGCUUGUUUUAUUUCUUAUAAUCAAAGGUAAGCUUAAGAAGCAAGGUAUUCAGUCGAUUCAGUGACACUUGACACUUAAGAAACCCAUGAACUAAUGCAAAAGAGGCUCCCUGAGCUCCAUAUUUUGGUCACAAAAAUUUUAUUAUGGUAUUAAUGGUCAAUUUGAGUCUAUGGGAAAGAUUUUUCAAGAAAGACUUGAGUAUAACCAGCACCAGCCACUGCUGGAAAACUGCCCUCUCCAGCCCUGCACCCUCCACUGGAUUGUGGCUCUUUUCUGCCAGCCCAAAAUAAAUAUUUAUACGGACAAUGCUUCUUUGUUAAAAAAAGAAAAAUCUCAAUUAGUUUGUUUCUAUUAAAAAAUAAAUAGAAAAAGCCACAUUUUUGUGUGGGUUUUUUUUUUCCAGUUGUCAGUGGGAAUUGGUGAUUUCAAUUUACCCAUGUCCUAAAACAGGAGGAGAAGUAGCUUCAGACACCAUUUCACCAAAAAAAGAGGCAGGCUCAAAAUUUUGCUGGAAGAAAACAAAUCACCUCACUCAUCCCCAUCAAAGGUGGAAAACUUUAGUGACAGGGUUUGUGACUGGAAAAGAGCCUGACCCUGCUGGUAUUGCUGGACUGUUGAAUGUCAGAGCAGACACAGCUGUUGUGUCCUAAUUUGAAAUAAUCAGUAAAAGUGUCAGAAUUUAAUUACCUCAAGCUUUAGGAGUAAAGUAAAUUAAAGAGCAUGUGGAAAGGGGCAAGUUUUUGCAGGCGUGUUCCCCAUGGCUCUGCAGUGCACAGCAGGAUGGUGCUGCCCACUUUUCCCAUUGGCAGCACAGGGAAGAUGUGGCCUGACUUGAGAAAUCAGAAGAAAUAAUGGGGAAAAAAAAUUUAAAAAAAAGUGAAACUUGAUUUCUGCUAAGGAGCUGUGCAGGUGCUCUGUGUGUGUGCAUAUGUGGAGGGAGGCUUCAGCCCUGUAGCAGAGUCCCUGUGAGCACGAUACACGCAGUUUCUAACUCUGCCUGCUUCUGCAGUUGAGAUGUUAAAAAGAUUUGAAAUUUUUUUUCAAUAUAUAAAGAGGAAAAAAAAAAAAAAAAACACAAACAGUGGCAAAAUCAUGUUGAGAGGCUGAUAAAAAAAAAUCCUGAGGGGGCAAGUUGAGUUAGUUUGUCACCUGCUCCUGUCCUGGAAGCCAGCGCCAGUCUCUCAGCAUCACAGCAUCCCAGUACUGUUCUGAAGUGCUUGUUGUUCAAUAGGAUGUUGUUUUUCUCCAGUGUAAUGUUGUGAUUGUUACCUGAUAAUGUUGCCAGGGACUUCACAUUGUAAGAGGUGGUCCAUCUUGUUUGAUGUAUUUGGCUAAAAAAACAGUGGUGUUUUUUUUUGUUAUUUAAACUCCUAGCAACUGUGACUACAGUAAUGUGAUGAGUAGCACAUACAGCAAGGAGGCGAGGACAACAAUAGCCUCCUUAAAAAUGUCAUCUAAACUUUUUUU